ACAGGGGGAACAACUGGCUCAUUCUAAAGGUAUCAAAAUACACCUACCAGCACCUCUCUAGCUAACACCUUUUAUCUCAUUUGCUUGAUCUGUACAAGUGUAAAAACGUCAAUUUCUUGUUUAACGGGGAGUUGUGGGACUAUUUCUUUCCAACGCGCAGUAACUUCUUUGGGAGUCUUUGCUGGUUGCCAGGCAACCUCAAUGAAAACCUCGAUCUUCUCUGCAAGAAAGCAAAUUGAGAGACAAUUUAUUGUGGUUAUGGAGAAUAAAAAAGGCCAGCUUGCCCUAUCAAGAACAUAUUAUCAAUAAGUGAAGUGGUAACGAAAGUGUAAGCUGAGUUUUGAGUUGUAGAUGAGCUUCCGUCAAUUCUCUCGGAUGCGACGCAGAGAAAGGGGACCAGCGCGCUGCCAUCUUUGUUGUUCCUACAGAAGCCAAUCCCCCUGGUGCAUCUUCACCGGGAAACCUUCCGAGUCGACUCUCAUUCACUUCACUGUGGGAAGCGCCUGCUGCACGCGCGGUUGCAAAAGAUGGCCUCACCAAGGACAAUUACUAUUGUGGCCCUUUCCUUUGCUUUAGGUCUAUUUUUCGUCUUUAUGGGAACCAUUAAGCUCACUCCGAGACUAAGCAAAGAUGCAUACAGUGAAAUGAAAAGGGCAUACAAGAGUUAUGCCAAGGCAUUGCCAGGUCUAAAAAAGAUUGGCAUCAGCUCAGUCCUGCUUCGUAAGAUCAUUGGCUCUCUGGAGGUGGGCUGUGGUGUGGUGCUCACCCUCGUACCGGGCAGGCCGAAGGAUGUGGCCAACUUCUUGCUGCUGCUGGUUAUGCUCGCUGUCCUGUUCUUCCACCAGCUAGUAGGAGACCCCCUGAAACGGUACGCUCACGCUCUAGUCUUUGGUAUUCUGCUCACCUGCCGACUGCUUAUUGCCCGCCAGAGUGACGACCGGCCAGAGAGAGAGGACAGCAGAGAGGAACAGCACAUUAAUGACCAGGAAAAGAACAAGGUCAAGCAGUCUUAAGAUCCUCUUCUACUUUGGUACAAGCCACAACAAAGGGAACCUGGUGCGCCCCUAUGGAUUGUAGUAAUUCAAAUUUUGAAGGAAUCAGUCACUUCCAGUAAUAAUACCCCUCACACCAUCUCCAUCCAGCUGGCUGACUGAUUACUCUCACCUACUCCUCUGCACUCUCACUGUGAAACUGAGAACUCCUGAUCUGUAUAUCCUCUACAUAACCAUGGACAAUCAUACCUGUGGAAACUCAUGAGCUCUGCUCAUUGUCUAAAUAGUGAAUCCAUUUUCCCUAUUUAUUUCACUCCUACACUGUGUUAAAUGUGAUUGUAUUUCGUUUUUAAUCAAUUUAAUUUAUAUUAAAUAAUGAUUUGAGAAUGCUGUUUUUCAUGAAAGAAUAUUUGUAGCUUGUUUUUUCUAAUUUGUUUUUAUACUGUAGGUAGGAGAGACUGAUAAUUUAGGAAUUUCUGUAGUUCAAGCAUGUUUCUUUUGGUCAAGAGUAUAAAACAUGAACCAAAAUGAGCACUUUUGAAACAAUUUUGUACUAAUAACUGAUUAUACAUCAACUAGUAUUACAUAUCCACAUCUUAUUUUGGUGUAGUGUUACCAGAACAUCAUUUUAAAAAGAAAAAAUGUAUAAGGCCUUGUUAAUUUUUCAUCUCUGUACAUUUUUGUAGAAGUGCGCAUGAAAUCCUUUCUCCCAAAGUAAAAUAAGCCGAAUAUCCUUUUUCUCCUUUCAGUUCAGUUAUCACAGUGAAGUUGUUUAGCUGGAAAGUACAGCAGUUGCUGCCUCAGGUGUCCGCUGCUAGCUUGUUCAGCAGAACAUAACCCAAUCAAAAAAAGUCUCUUUGCCUGUUAAAAAUUGAAUUUUACCUUUUUGUAAUUCACAGUUGAAGUCUUAAAAUAUGCACCGUCUCCUAAACAUUCUGCUGAUCGGUUUGGUUUAACUUUUUCUCUUUUAAAAGGUAUAAAAACAAUCCUAUUACAGUUUCCCUUUGGGGAUGAAAUCUCAAUUGAAAAUCCUGUCAGUUAGUUUUAACAUUCACAAUAUUUCUGUAAAUGAUGUACUUAAAUAAAGAAUUGGAGGUGAGACUGA